AAUGGUUUUAAUGGCGGUUUGGGAUACAAACAAUUCGUGUAAUGCACAUGUAAAAAAUGUAUGGUAAAGAUGCGCGCGUCGCGACGGCGCGUCCAUGGUGUUUAGGUGGCGCUGGCGUCGCCGGAGUUUGACAGGUUGCCAGAUUUAGAAUGAAAAGGGGAUAACGAAAGAACCGGAGGCCCGUUGGAAAGCAUCUUCCAAUCGAAACGAAUCCGGGGUUUCCAUCAUUAGCAUCCGACGGUGUCAACAUUGUUCGUGAAGUCUGAGUUAUCCGGUUGGUCUGUGUACCAUUUGGUAAACUUGGUAGGCCAGUACAGCCGCUCACGCUCUCUUUGUAAGCGGAAGACGGUCGUAUCGCAUACAGAUAUACACGGCCAGGUACAUUCAUGCCUACUGCUGGCGAGCGAGGAAGAUGUUUUCGUGGACCGUCAGCCGUUGUUAGCAACACCUAUGGUUAUUUAAAUGCGUGACGACCAUCGUACAGCGACGAUAACAACAUGGGUAACUGUUUGAAGAGGGCCACCACCGAUGAUAUUUCGUUGCUGAGGGGCAGCGAUAGCGUUCGCGAAACGUCAUCGGAUCAGCUGGGACCUUCACCCUACCAGGAGACACUGCCAAUUCAAGCAGCCUCUCCUGUCUAUCACCCCUCACCUAGUGUCACUCGCUCUGUGGGCCAGCUGACCGAGGAAGAGCAGGUGAAGAUAGCCAAGAGGAUUGGCCUGAUUCAGCACUUACCCACUGGCACCUAUGAUGGAUGCAAAAAGGCCAGGGAGUGUGUGAUAUGCAUGGUGGAGUUCAUUGUGGGCGACACCGUCCGUUACCUGCCCUGCAUGCAUACUUAUCAUAAGAGCUGCAUCGAUGACUGGCUGAUGCGCAGCCUCACCUGUCCAAGCUGCAUGGAGCCAGUCGAUGCUGCCUUGCUGACCAGCUACGAGACCAACUAAAAACAAACAAAAAAAAAUAAAAAAUUCAUUAAAAUAAUAUAAAAUAAUGGCCAGUGCCUUGCAACUGAUAGUGAAACUCUGUGAUCUGAACUGUCUCUAUCUAUUGGGUGUGAAUGUACUAUCUUUUAUGUUGGUAAAGAUGUAAUAACAAGAAAUUUCUUUAUUGAUGAAAGUGGUAUUUGAGUGGCUGUGAACCCGUCCCAAGUUGGAAAUACCUAGACCAUCAAACGUCCGUAAAAGAACUCAAAACAAACACACGAAUAUAACACACACUGAAAUGAAGUAAUCAAUAACAAUAAUCAACUAAUGAAAACACAUCACACACACUGAAAAUAGGUAUCUCUUAUCUUUGGACUGGCUGGAUUUGUAUAGAAUAUAUAUUAUAAAAUUGAGUAUAUAAUAUAUUUGUAUGGAACUAUACACAUAUAUUAUAGGAUUAAAGGAAAAGAUCUGUUUUUAUAUUAUAUUCCCAGGCUUGGUUUUUAAGUUAGGGCACUCUUGCACGAAAAUUAAUUUGAAAACGAAAAUUCAAAA